CUCAGCUGAGAACAGACCAAGACAAACACCUCUAUCUAAGAAUAGUCAUCUCUCAAAUACAAGGAAAUGCCUGGAAACCUUAUAAAAAAUCCUAAUGGAGAUGAGGGUCUGGAGCACUGGGAUCUCACAGAAAAUGGAGGUAAUCAAUGGAGGGUGGAGGACAUGCCGGGCGACUGUGGAUAUGCUCACAAUGACGAAUUCAUCACCAAAUACUUCUGCACCUCUUUUCAGCUGUGUAAAAAAAGGCAAGUGAUUGACUUGUUGGCGGAGGGUUACGAGCCUGACAAUUUAGAUAUUGCACAGCCAGCUGUUACUGUGGAGGACUGGUACAGUGGCCGAACAGACUGUGGAUGCAUAUAUGAGCUCACUGUUUCUUUGCUGGAUGAAAGCCAUGAGGUCAUUACUGAAUUUAAGCCAGAUGAAGUGACCCUCGACCCAGACGAUGGCGACUGCUCAUGGAGAAAUGUGAGCCACACAUUCACUGAUUACGGUCCGGGUCUUCGCUUCAUCUCUUUUGAACAUGGUGGGCAGGACACAAAGUACUGGCAAGGCUGGUUUGGUGUGAGAGUAACCGGGAGCUCUGUUACCGUAGACGUCUAAGAUGGACCAAACUACAAUUCAAAUUAUACAACAUAUACAAUUCAAGUGAAGACCACUAGAAAAAAAUAGGUUGCAACUUGCUUUUAGUUUUGCACAUUCUGUACCCAAGUGUCAUUAAAAAUGUUCCGCUUAAUAUUAAACAUGUAAUGCUAACCAAUUAAAAGAAUCGUCUGAUAAGAUUAAAAUAUAUUGUACUUUACUUUUUUUGAGAGAUUUCUUUAUGUCUGCUCUGCCACUAACUACCUCUAUAGGCUGCUGCAAAGCUAUACACCAAACUUCAUUAAUGCUGCACUUUCAAUGAAGUUUAUAUGCAAUCAUUUCUUAAUUAGCAAUCCACUAAUGUGAUAUGAAAUACAAAUAGGUCUAUGUCAUUCUAAUGAUAAUAAACCAAUAAUAAAAGAUGAACUGCUUUGGACUCGAUCAAAUAAAGUCAGAAACUAACACUGCA